ACACUGACUUCUUGAGCUGUGUGUACACAGAUCUUACAGAUUUGUAGGCCUCUCUCCUGGAAGCAAGUAUACAAUUGAAGUGAUUUGCACCAGCAGGGAAAGGAAGGGUAAACCUGCUACUAUGAUCCUCCAUACUGUCCCAGGGGUACCACAGGAAGUGGCGCUUUCAGAAGAGGUAGUGACAUCUGUGUUUGUUACCUGGAGACCACCACCUGGACAGGUGGACGGGUACAAGCUUGUUUUUGGCCUCCUGUCUGUGAACAGGAAAUCAUGGAUUGAGGUGCUUGUCCUGGGCACAAGUUACGAGAUCAAGGAUUUGAUCCCAGGGUCAGACUACAGUGUCAACAUUCAGAGUGUGUUGGGCUCAGACACCAGUCAGGUGGUCCACAGAGAGUUCAGCACACGCCCAGCAGGAUUAUGCACGCUCCAUCUGGGCAAUGUGAACUCCUCCUCUGUCUCCGUGAGCUGGGACACUGUGUUUGGAGAGUUUGACUUCUACAGAGUCACUGUGGCCAACACCUCGGUCACAAACACACUCACCAUACCCAAGGAGGAGCAGGUUGCCGUGGUUACAGGGCUGGUGGGUGGCUGCAGCUACAACGUGAGCGCUGAGAGAGUGAGAGGAGUGACGGCGGGGAGCGCUGCGUCCCUGACUGUAACCACAGUGCCAGCCCCUGUUAGAGGAGUGCGAGCGGUGAAUGUGUCUGCACGGGCAUUCUCGCUACGCUGGGAACAGGCAGUGGGGUGUGUGGAUCAUUACCAAGUGAGCCUGAGACCUAGCCAGGGAAAAAUCACGGUGCACCCUGGAGAUGAUGGAUACAUUCAGGCUGAUGUGGUCAAUGUCAGUCCAGGGACAGAGUACACUGUAACGGUCACAGCAGCCUCCUCUUCCAACAUCAGCCCUGGAGUCAGCCGCAUGAUCAUUACUAAUGAGAGCGUUCCUGGUCCACCUUUAGGCCUAGAAGGAGAGGCCGUAGGCUCUAAUGGUAUUCUGCUCUCCUGGACCAUGCCUCCUGAUGCCAACAAUAUUGACGGAUAUGUCAUCAGGUACAAGGAGGUAUGUCCCUACCCUGAUCUCACCUUCACACAGGUGACCAAGAACCUGGACAUACCAGAGACCCUGCUCACUGACUUCACCUCAGGUUCAACAUACCACAUUCAGGUAGCAGCCAUUUCUCAAGCUGGAAUAGGAGCAUUCAGCAAAUCUUUGUACAUAAAGACUGCUGAGUCCCCCCCUGGCCUGGUCACCAACCUGACAGCGUUUGCUCAAAACCAUACCUUUGUCAUGGUUACUUGGUUCCUGCCGCACCGCAUCAACGGCCUCAUCACAAAGUUUGCUGUCAAGGCAAAACAUGCUCGUACAGGGCAGACAGUCCGCAUGCUGGAGGUCAAUGCAGAGGACAUCAUGACUGUAGCGCUGCCUCACUGCAAUGAUGCAGCUGAUAUCCUGUCUCGUGCAACUCUGAGUCCAUUGGAGAUAACAGCGUCAUCUCCACCCAUCACCCUCUCUGCCGUGCCCCCUGCAGCCUCCUGGAGUGUGCCCAUAUCAGUAGGAGUUGAUCAGCUGCGACCUUACACUGCCUAUCUGUUUGAAGUGUCUGCCUUCACCUCUGAUGGAGAGGGACAGAUAGCCUCCACCAUGGUCCGCAUGCCAGAGUCAGCCCCAGAAGACCCACCACAAAACUUUGUUGUGCUUAAUAUGACGUCAAGAUUGAUCUCAGUGUCCUGGAACUCUCCCAACAUUAUCACUGGAAAAUUCACCUACACACUUUACCUUUAUGGACCCACAGGAUAUCUGUAUGAGAACAGCACAGGAGACAUGCGGUUUGUUUUCACUGGUUUGACCCCCUAUACAAGGUACACUGUCGCUGUCCGAGCCAAAGCAGCUGGAGAAGUGGGUCCAGCCGCACAGGAAGAUGUAACUACACCUCCUGAGGCACCCAGUGCAGUGCAGAGCCUGAUGGCAGUAGCUGAGGAUUCAGUUUCAAUCCGUGUGAGUUGGAGAAGCCCUGCUCAGCCUAACGGGCCAAUCACCCAUUACAGACUGCAGGUCCUGGUAGAUGAAACUCUGCUGAUGGACAUCACCCUCACUGGAGAAAUGAAUACAACCAAUUUAUUCGAAGUUGAGACACUUCCACCUCGUGUCCAUAACAACCCUGGGCGACGUAAGAGAAAUGCUGAGCUCAGUCUAAUCACGUCUCCACCGACUUUCACGGCCACUGUUUCUGACCGCACGCUGCCCACAAGUAUGACUGCUUCCAGCUUUGCACAAUCUAAGCACAUCACUAGUGCCAAUGUUCAACCUACCUUUGAACCCGUGGUCACUGAGAGGCCCAGCACCAGUUACACCUCUGUUCCGCACUCUAACAGCACAAAUAUUCAGUCCUCUGACUCUUCAGUCUCUGGGACCAGUGCUUUUUCUCUCACCUCUGUGCCACCUGCUGCCACGCUUCCACCUUGGCUGACGAAGCAAUCACAGGCUGGGGAUAUGACCUCAGAUUCCUCCCCUUUGGCCCUGACCCCAAGCCAGGUCCGCUUGUCCACACGUGAUGCAGCAAUCCCGGGACACUUUUCAACACGCAAUGUAGCAGCUUCUGGAACAACAGGUGUGACAGUGAGACAGGAGGUCAUGGAUGUUUUGUCUGAGGAGUUGUCUUACCUGGUGUCAGAUCUAAACCCCUUCACCGAGUACACAUUCAGGGUCACUGCUUCCACCACCAUGGGAGAGGGCCCUGCCACAGAUAUCACAGAGAAGACCAGGGAGCAGGUCCCUAGCUCAGUGCUUGAAGUGUCUUAUCAAAACAUCAGCUCCACCUCCAUACUAGUGAGCUGGGUCCCUCCACUCAACCCCAACGGACGGAUCACGCAUUACACUGUCUAUGGCCUCAAACUGCACAAUAACCAGGCUCUAAAGUGGGUUUCUGACACUACCAGCAUAUUGAUAACAGAUUUGGAUAAGUACACUGGAUAUAAGCUACGCGUGGCUGCAUCUACAGCUGUGGGAGAGAGCUCUCUUUCUGAGGAAGAUGACAUUUUCGUUUACACCUUAGAGGAUGAACCUGACUCACCCCCUGUGAACCUCACUGUGGUAGACACCAGCCCCUCCACUGUCACACUGGCCUGGUCUGCACCAGAGAAAGCCAAUGGGGUGAUCCAGCAUUACGAGGUCCUGUAUGAGAACAGGACGUACUCCGCUUUGUUGAACACCUCCUCUAAUAAAGUGACUCUGACCAACGUGAAGCCAUUCUCCUACUACAACGUGUCUGUGAGGGCGUACACACGCUACGGCCACGGCAACCAAACAUCAGAUAUUUUACGCCUCUUGUCUGGAGAGGAUGUCCCAGGCAGUCCUCCGUAUGGCCUCUCAUACGAGUCAGUCAGUCCCAGUGAGGUGAAUGUGACCUGGCAGCCUCCUCUGCUGCCUAACGGGGUCAUCACCCACUACAGUCUGGAGCUCUGGAAUUCCAGUCACUACCUGAACCUCACCUCCCCGACCAACUACAUCCACAUCACCCAUCUGCGGAAGUAUGCACACUACCGGGUCAUGGUGCAGGCACACACACGUGUCGGGCCAGGAAACUACAGCAGCGAGCCGCUCAACAUCACUACACUGGAGGAUGCUCCAGACACACCUCCUCAGUUCCUCCAUGCCAGAAAGUUGUCAGACUAUGAGGUAGAGUUGUCAUGGCAACCGCCACUCGAAGCCAAUUCAGACAUACUGUACUACAUCGUCAGAGUUUGGAAUGAAACGAGUGAGCUGUGGCAGAAUGUGACACAGACAUCAGUGGUCAUUAAUGUGGACUCAGAGAGUCGCUACAAUGCCUCUGUCUCCAGCUGGACCAGACUGGGAGAUGGAGGAGUGCUUAUCUACAUCAGCUUUACCACCACAGAUGCAGAGCCAUUUGACCCUCCGCAGAAUGUGACCGUUGUAAAUGUGACCGCCUCCUCUAUCACCAUACUGUGGCACCCGCCCACUGAACCCAAUGGAAUCAUUGUUCACUAUACUAUUUACUACUCUGAGAACAACACUGUGACUGAGCAGAGGGUUCCUGUUUCAGACCUACCUGCCCCUGCCUCUCCUGAUUCACCUCUCUCUUACACUCUGACUCGGCUGAUUGGGGGCACGAACUACACCAUGUGGAUGACCUCCAGCACUGUGCAGGGGGACGGAGGGGUCCAGAGCGAGAUACUUACCCUGUUCUUACCAGAGGACGUGCCAAGUGACUCAGUUCGAAACCUGACGGCUCAGAUCUUCAGCUCCACGGCCAUCAUUGUCAGCUGGGACCCUCCCCUGGAGCCAAACGGCCGUCCCUACUAUCUGCUCACCUUACAGGAGGCCGGCAUCCCACCAAAUGUAUCCAACCAAGGGAUUCCAGCUGUCAACAAGACAAUCAAGCAUACCACAACUGACAACGUCUUCCUAUUCACCAGACUCAAGAAGUAUUUCCCUUAUGUGCUGACUGUUACUCCGGCAACUGGGGCUGGCCCUGCCUACAACCAUACCAGCAUGAUGUACCUGAGAACGGAUGACGACAUUCCUAGCUCUGCUCCUUUGCUGGUAUCUACCAGGAACCUGUCGUCGUCCUCUAUCGCUGUGGUGUGGCAGCGCCCUCUGGAGGCCAAUGGGGAGAUAACUGAGUAUAGCCUCACCUUGUUCGGCCCAGGUGGCUCCAACACAACGCAUACCCCCAACAACUCGUUCAUUCUCACUAACCUGCUUCCAUACACAGCUUACAACCUUACUAUUACAGCAGCAACACGUAAAGGCUCAGGGCCUUAUCUGCUGCUGCUGCUUCACACUGAUGAAGGAGGCCCCAUGUCCCCUCCCCGUAACCUAACUAUAUACAACCACACGGCGUUCUCUGUGUGGCUGAGCUGGGAGCCUCCUUUGGAGCCCAACGGUGUGGUGAUACAGUAUGGCUUCAGGAUCCAAGACCUCAUCACACACACCGUCACACACCAGAAUUCUUCUGGUCCGUCAACAACAGAACAUCUAUCAGGCUUCAGGCCUCAUAGCUCCUAUGAGAUCAGUGUUUACAGUUACACCAGAGUGGGCCAUGGGAAUCAGUUCAGCAGCCCUGUGACCUUCACGACUAACGAAUCAGUAUCUGAUGCUGUGGGGAACCUGUCUUGCUCGGGGUUGAGCUGGGAUUCAAUUCAGCUGUCCUGGGAACUUCCUGCCAACCCUAAUGGGCAGAUUGUUUUUUAUGAGAUUAUAGUGGAGGUAGACUCGCAGUCCUACACACACCAGGCUCACUCACCAGAGUACACAGUGACUGGGCUGUCACCAGACCAGGAGUACAUACUCACUGUGGCCGCAGUCAACUCUGCAGGGCCUGGAGACAGAGUAAAUUGUACUGCUUCCACUCUUUCUGAAUCAGUCCCAGCUGCCCCUCGCCUCCUCACCAUCUCUCAGGUCACACCUAACAAUGCGACACUUCAGUGGGCUCCGCCGCUCUCUGUACCAGGCCUGCUGAAAGAGUACCACAUCAUUGCACAGCUGCUUUCAACUGUUUGUGAAACAAACAUCCUACCAACCGCGCAGCCGGCCUCAGAGGACAAACUGACCUCAGAUUGUGUGGACUCUAAUGUCACAGUGUCGGUGAAUGCUUCGGACACCAGUGAAGAGAACCACAGCAGCGUCACACUCUAUUCCCUAAAUAAAUACAGAUACUACCGCUUCAAAGUGGCCGCUGUGACCAACGCUGGAAUUGGAGAAUAUACACACUGGAUAUAUGCACGCACCCUCGCUGGAAACCCUGACACACCUCCCCGUAACCUAAAAGUGACCCCCACCUCCAACAGCCUUCGUAUUGCGUGGGGCGCUCCGGCUGUUCUCUCUGGGCCGACUUCGUACCUUGUGCAGGUGGCUGGUCCUGGUUUGAACAUCUCAACAGUCCGGGCUCCAGGAGAGUUGACGACUGUUGUUGUGACUAACUUGACUGCUUUCACCCUUUACUCUGUGACCAUCUUCGCCUUCACUGGUCCAGUGGAACUGGCUGCCAGCGAUGGGAAAGCUAUUGGACCUACUGCAUUUCAAACACUGGAGGAGGAGCCGAAAGACCCUCCCAAGAACGUGAUCGUAUCAGUUAUCCCGGAAGAAGUGAACCGUGUGAAGGUGACCUUCACGCCCCCAGAGGAGCCCAAUGGAAACAUCACUGCCUAUUUUGUGUACAUCUAUGAAAAAGACCAGCUAGUCAAGAACAUGAGCCUCAGUAUCAUCCAAAGAGAGUAUAACACACUGACUGCUGUCAUAGAGGGCCUAAAGGGAGGACACAGCUACAGUAUACAGAUUUUAGCCAGGAACGGGGCCGGCAGGAGCCCGCCCAGCCCACAUGUCCAGAUAACAACAGGAAUCAAAGCCCCGGCCAAGCCAACCCAAAGACCCCAGGCAGUGCUGGGCCAUGGUGGGGUUGCCAUGGUAACCCACAGGAGUAUCACCAUCCGCAUGCCUGCCUGUUUCUAUAGUGACGACAACGGACCAAUCACAAAAAUUCAGGUCAUCGUGGCCGAGUCAGGGGUGAAGGAUAUCCAGAACCUGACCAGCUGGAAGAAUGCAUUUUUUGGUCGCCCUGCUCCUUACCUGACUGACAAGGGGUUCCCCAACCCGCACUGUUUUUUUGGGGACGGGGCAUCACGCACGGACACACACGUCAGAGGUGGUCGCACUGUAUCUGGAGACGGCCGGCCCCUGGUGAGACACAAUCACACCACAGCAGGAACGUACGUGAUCGGAGAGAAUGAUGACUGCAUGCGGGAGAACAAUACUGACAAUUUCUGCAAUGGACCGCUGAAGCCUAACACAGUCUAUGUGUUUAAGUUCAGAGCCACUAACAUCAAUGGCCAGUACACUGACUCUGAGUACUCUGACCAUGUCAAAACUGCAGUUGAUGGUCUGUUGACCAGAGAAGAACAGAUCAUUCUUGGUGUUCUGCUUUCCUUUUUCUUGGCUGUGUUACUCAUCAUCAUCAUCUGUGCCUCAGUAAAGAUCCAUCAGCGCAAGAAGGAGGGCGGCACUUAUUCACCCAGAGAGGCGGAGAUCAUAGAGACCAAGUGUAAACUGGAUCAGCUGAUCGCUGUGGCAGAUCUGGAGCUGAAGCAAGAGAAACUCAACCGGUAUUCUUCCUUCUUCUUUAGACGGAAAGAGAUUUAUGUCAUCCAGCUUCUCAGCUACAGGAAAUCACUCAAGCCCGUCAACAAGAAGUCUUUUCUGCAGCACGUAGAGGAUCUGUGUGCCAACGACAAUGCCAAGUUCCAGGAAGAGUUUGCUGAGCUCCCAAAGCUGCUGCAGGACCUGGCCACCACAGAUGCUGAUCUACCCUGGAACAAAUCCAAGAACCGCUUCCCCAACAUCAAACCUUACAACAACAAUAGAGUGAAACUGCUGUCAGAACCAGGCACUGCAGGCUCUGACUACAUCAACGCCAGCUUCGUCUCAGGCUACCUGUGCCCCAAUGAGUUCAUUGCCACACAGGGUCCUCUGCCUGGCACAGUGGCUGACUUUUGGAGGAUGAUCUGGGAAACAGGCACCCGCACCAUAGCCAUGCUCACGCAGUGUUAUGAAAAAGGCAGAAUUCGGUGUCACAAGUACUGGCCUGAGGACAACAAGCCAAUGUCAGUGUUUGGUGACAUUCUCAUCUCAAAAGUGUCAGAGGAAGUCUUUCCCGACUGGACGGUCAGAACCCUAAAAGUAGAAAAGCACGGACAUUAUAUUCUGGUUCGCCACUUCAACUACACAUCGUGGCCUGAGCACGGGGUCCCAGAGUCCUGCAGCACCCUCAUUAAGUUUGUCAAAGCUGUCCGAGCCCACAGGCACGACAACACCACUAUAGUGGCUCAUUGCAGUGCUGGUGUGGGAAGAACAGGUGUGUUUAUUGCCUUAGACCACCUCAUUCAGCACGUCAGAGACCACGACUUUGUGGACAUUUACGGCCUGGUGGCCGAACUGCGCAGCGAGAGGAUGUGUAUGGUGCAGAAUCUGGCCCAGUACAUCUUCCUGCACCAAAGUACACUGGAACUUCUAAACAACAAAGGCAACAGCCAAUCCAUCUGGUUUGUCAGCUAUUCUGCUCUGGAGAAGAUGGACUCCCUGGACGCCAUGGAAGGUGACGUUGAGCUGGAGUGGGAAGAGACCACUAUGUAAAAGUAAAUUGAGGGACACCUGCACCUGCAGGAGGAUGAGACUUCUUUGGGACGUGACCUGUGCACAGACCCUGGACAGAACGGCCUCCUGGGAAGAGGAAGAGGAAGCAGGAAGAGAAACAGGAGGUGAACAACACAGUCUGAACUGAACGGCCUGUCAGUCGACUUAAGACUUUGUUGCUCCACUUCUCAACUCACUUCUCAGCACCGUCCUCCCUUUAUUGAACCUUUUGUCUACUUGUUUUCAAAGAGAUUGAGAGAAACAAAAGGGGAGACAGGGACAAAGGAUUUCAGAAAUGACAGGGAUAAAGGAGAAACGGUGAGCUGACGGUGAAAGCUCUAUCACAUCUGUAAGCUCACGGAUACUUUGCACAAAUUGAUUUCACUGUGUAUAAUAAUUACUGUAUUAUGUUGAUAUCAUCUGUUUUUGUAAGAUAAUUUAUUCAGCCAAAAUGGUGUUUUUUUUCCUCUCUGUAAUUCUGCCUGU